AUGACAGACGUCUCCUCGAUCCAGGCGCAUGCUGAACCUCAGCCCGCACCCGCCGCCUUCUUCAGCCCCGGCCCUCCACCCCCAGCCUACUCUCAUGGCUCUCCUGCCCUAGACGGCGUCAUCGAAGAAGAAGAUUCCUCCACAAUCAAAUGCAUCUGCGGCUUCGCCGACGAUGACGGCAACACCGUCCUGUGCGAGCGCUGCGACACAUGGCAGCACAUUGUCUGCUACUACGAGUCUGCCGAGCAUGUGCCUGAAGUGCACGAAUGCACAGACUGCAGCCCACGACCCAUUGAUUCGAGAAGGGCUGCCGACAAGCAGCGUCAGCGAAAGGAACUGCUCAACCUCGGCGAGCGCAAGGGUCGGCCAAAGACAACCACCAAGAACCCCAAGAAACGCACAAAGGAUCCACUCGGCUCCGCACAGCCCAACGGCUGGCCAACAAGCUCGAACAGCGACCUCCACUACAACCACGAACGCAAAAGUGGCAGUCCCCGGGAUCUACCUCCUCCGAACAAGCGGCCGAAGACAAACCAUCGACCCUCGGGCUCCGUCAGCGUCAUCGGCCAAGCGCCAGCACUUGCCCCUGCGCCGCGCAAACGGGCUAGCUCUUUCGUCGUAAACGGCAACAGCCCUGUCAAGUCUCCGACCAACAUCGAGGGUCCUAUGGAGGACUUCUCGCUCGAAUUCAUGAACCUCUACACGUCGCCCGAGCCACAAUCGGCCGACAACAACUCCUACACGAGCCUUGGCGUUGCCAGCGAUAUCGCAAUGUGGCUCAAGGAUCCAGACGCCUUGGCUGAGGCCAGUGGGGGCAAGAAACCCCAGGAUCUCUUCUCGCGCAUUGAGAACACCAUCCAGGAAUUAGAGUCAUCUACAACGCCCCUCCUCAUCACAAAGCAGACAGAAGUCGACUCCGGCAUCACGGCACACGGUCUUCACCCACAGUGGCAUUUUAUUACGGCCGAGACCCCCAUCCCUGACGGGGGCUACGUUGGCGAACUGAAGGGCUUAGUGGGUCGAAAAGAAGAAUACUGUCAGGACCCCGCGAAUCGAUGGAGUCUGCUGCGCCAUCCAGAACCCUUUGUCUUCUUUCCACCACACCUGCCAAUAUACAUCGACACACGGCAGGAGGGGAACAUCCUACGCUACGCGCGACGGAGCUGCUCGCCCAACAUGGCUAUGAAGAUCCUCGUCGAAGCCAGCAGCGACUACCACUUCUGCUUUGUAGCGACACGGCAGAUUGAGCCCACGGAAGAGCUCACUGUUGGCUGGGACAUCGACUCUGAAGUACAGAAACAACUCGUCAAGGUCGUUACCAACGGCGCCAAGGACGGAUUCAGAAGGAUACAGCCCUGGGUAUCUUGCGUUCUCGCCAACUUUGGUGGCUGUGCAUGCGACACGUCCACCGGCCACGAAUGUCUCUUGGAGCGAGCCCGCCGCCCUAUCGCCGAGCCUGCACAGCCAACCAAGGCCAAGAACAAGAAACCGAAGAAGUCGCAGGUUUCACCUCUGAGCACGGGUCGUGCGACGAACAGCCGUGCUGGCAGUGAGACACUGAACCGCGACAACGCUGAUGAUGACCACAUGGACAGCCGUUCUACGUCCGGCUCCCACAAGUCCAGCAGUCGAGACAUUACGCCCGCUACCCAUUUCUCGCUCGAUGGUGAUCUCAAGAUGUCGGACCGUGAGAAGCGAAAGCUGCAACAGCAGGAGAAGCUGUUCGAGCAGAUGGAAGACGAGCAACACAAGGGCAAGAGAGGGAAGAGAAACAGUGCUGGGUCAACCCUCAAUACGCCCAGCAUCUCAACCUCGAAGCGGCUCGGACAUGCCGAACCAUCACCCUCCGCACGCCAUCGCGAACACAGUCACGGCGUGGCUCGAAAGACGUCCGGCAGCUCAUCCAAGACGAACGGUCGCAGCGCACCGAAGCCCAAACCUGUCUAUGUUGAAGCAUCCACACAAACAGAAGACGAUGAUGGUGCUGUUGCUACUAUCCACACUUCAGUGCCGCCAAGGGAAAUGAAGCCUCCUGUGUCGUUCAAGCGCAAGCUCCUUCAACAGGCUCAGGAAGACAAGCUCCAACGUGAGCGAAUGCGAUCUGCUUCAAUAAAAACCGAAGGCAGAUCGCCAGCUUUGAAGGACGUGUCCUCAAACAAGCCGUCACCACUACCCCCGUCUCCGCCACUCGAGGACCCAUCGGCCAUGGAGAUUACACUGGAUCCUGCAUCUGUGCCACCACGACCAAAGGAGCUGACGCCAGCAAAAGAAUCGUCUCCAGUUCCCACCGCUGAUGUCGAUAUGGACGACGCUGAUGACAUUGUGACACCGAAAGCAGCAGAUCCCAAGGUCGAGGACAUGCCUGAUGCUCGUGCGUUGGAGACCUUGAAGGAUGUCUCGCAUCCUCCCAUGCAUCCACCCGCGCCGCCAUGGCCGGCCACGUCUUCAGCUCGAGCAUCGCCGGCGCCUAGCUUAGAUGGUUCGGCGAAGUCUGUCGAUCUUCACGUCGACAUGCCAGCGAAGCCUGAUUUGACGAACCCUUUUGCUCCAGCAGUUACAGGGACAGCGUCUGUGCAAUCGCCUCUGGCAAUUGCCUCGCACUUUUCGCCCGCUGUUCAGGAGGCCGUCAAUCCCACACCAGUGCGCAAGAAGCUUAGCCUAAGCGAGUUUGCAAGCAGAAGGGCAAAGCUCGCACAGACAACAAGUACGAACGGCACGCCUCCUCUGGCGUCUCAGUCGACCGGCUCACCUACCUUAUCAACAGCGAGUCUGCCGACUACCGCUUCACCGCCCAGCAAGACUGCUGAGCUCUCGUUGCCCAUUGUUAGCGAGGAAGCGCAGCCUAUGCAGACCGUCGCGGCUACUGCGACUGCGCCCACCCCGACAUGA